AUGGAGCUUCCAUUACCGACCUUUUCAUUCAAGAUCCCCUCGAUUCAUGAUGGAAAUCAGCUGGAUUGCCGGAUAUAUCUCCCUCCCGCGUUCCAAAAUAUAGAAUCAGCCGCAGCCUGGCCCAACCGCGGCGCCAUCAUCGCACAUCCAUAUGCACCCUUGGGGGGAUGCUAUGAUGAUCCAGUCGUGGGUUUUGUCGGCUCCGAGCUCUUACAGUCAGACUGCAUCGUGGGAACCUUCAAUUUCCGCGGAGCCGGAGUCUCUGAAGGACGAACAAGCUGGACUGCGAAGCCUGAGCUAGGGGACUAUGUCUCAUUCUAUGGGUUCAUGUUGCAGUAUCUUCAUCACUUAAAGCUUGCAUUCCCCCCAAGUGAUCCAGCAGACCCCAAACCCCCCAACACUGGACAAGAUGAAAGCCCAGAUCUACGCCUCAUCCUGGGCGGCUAUUCCUACGGGUCAUUGAUCGCCUCCCAUGUCCCGUCACCGGAAGUUAUACUGGACAUUUUCCGACCCGGGCCGACAUCAGCAGCCUCAGCCUCUACGUACAAGCCAACGCCAAAAUCCGAGAUAGGCAAAGCAUCAAUACGGAUAGCUACAUCAACCCUGGAGAAACUCCAAAUGACUCACAGUCACAGUGUAGCUGACACCAAGCCCACCGCAUUGACAACCUCCAUCUCUUAUCUGCUCGUGUCUCCGCUCCUGCCCCCAAUUAGCCAUCUCCUAACCUCCUUCUCGACCUUAUCACUGAACGUGAAAGCCCACACCGGCAGCGAUACCCGCAUCCCCUGUCGUCCAACAGACCAGCAGAAUACCCACCACACCCUAGCGCUUUUUGGCGACCAGGAUACAUUCACCUCUGCUGAGAAACUGGAGAAGUGGUCAGACGAGAUGGCGCACAUGCCGCGCAGUCAGUUCCAAUUUUGGAAAAUCGAUGGCGCGGGCCACUUUUGGCGCGAAGAUGGGGUUGAAACGCGGGCAAGACAUGCGUUGAAGGUGUGGCUUGGUCAGUUAUGA